GGCAGCUGUGAGAAUCUGACAAUAUUCCAUGAGAGCGUUCUGCUAUCAUUUCGUUGAAAGACCAGCAAGAAGUGAUCAUGAUGUCUAUCCGGAGACUUCGUGGCGACCCUAAAACCCUGGGGGAUGUCAAUAUGGUGAAGGAGGAGUUGAGGAAUCUUUACUACAAACGACUGUUGCCGAUAGAGAAGCACUAUUCCUUCCAUCAGUUCCACUCUCCAAGCUACGAGGACGCAGACUUUGACAACAAGCCGAUGGUGCUGGUGAUGGGUCAGUACUCAACGGGAAAGACGACUUUUAUCAGAUAUCUAAUCGAACAAGACUUUUUGGGGAGCAGAGUUGGACCAGAGCCAACCACUGAUUGCUUCACAGCCUUAAUGCAUGGGGAGGCGGAGGGAGUCAUACCAGGGAAUGCCCUCACCAUGGAUCCCAAAAAACCCUUUCGCAACCUUGACCCUUUUGGAAACACUUUUCUAAACAGGUUUCAGUGUGUGCAGAUGCCCAAUCAGGUCCUUGAGAGUAUCAGCAUCAUCGACACACCGGGCAUUUUAACUGCAGCAAGGAAAAAACUAAGCAGGGGCUACGACUUCCCAGCCGUGCUGCGCUGGUUCGCCGAGCGUGUGGAUCGAAUAAUCCUGCUGUUCGACGCACACAAGCUGGAGUUCUCAGAUGAGCUCACCCGGGCCUUCGGGGCUCUGUUUGGCUACGAGGACAAGUUACGAGUGGUCCUGAACAAGGCCGACAGGGUCGACUCCCAGCAACUCAUGAGAGUAUAUGGCGCCCUCAUGUGGUCGUUGGGCAAAGUGUUUAGGACGCCUGAAAUUUUGCGAGUUUACAUCGGAUCUUUUUGGUCAGAGCCAAGACAAACGUGUGACCACUACGAACUGAUCGAGCUGGAGGAGGAGGAUCUCUUGGCCGACAUAAGGAACCUUCCACAUAACGCUGCCGUGAGGAAACUGAAUGACUUGGUGAAGAGAGCCCGGCUGGUGAGGGCCCAUGCACACAUUAUCAGCUAUUUGAAGCAAGAGAUGCCAACUUUUUUUUGCAAAGAGAGCACGAAGCACAAUCUGAUCUACCAGCUUCCUGUCAUUUUCACCAAGAUCCAGCAGCAACACCGAGUUCCAGCAGGAGAUUUCCCCGACUGCACCAAGAUGCAGGAGCAGCUCCUGGGUCAGAAUUUCUCCAAGUUCAAGAAACUCAAACCGAGUCUGAUGGCUUCGCUCGAUAAACUCCUAAACAACGACAUAGCAAACCUGGUGCCCAUGCUGCAGCAACAAGAACUGAUAAAGAAAUCCCUCCCGGGCGUGCUCGAUGGCGAGUUCCUCGGAACGUUCAGGCGCGAACAUUACAAGAGACAUCCCUUCAAAGAACUCAAAGAAGACAGCGACCAGGACCUCCACGAGUGGGUCGUGGAGAGACACAAGCCAAAGUAUGACGAGAUCUUCUACAACCUCAGCCCAAACGAGGGCAAACUGAGUGGCACCAAAGUCAAAGCGUGGAUGAUGACAACCCUUCUGCCCAAUUCAGUGCUUGCACAUAUCUGGCGGCUGUCAGAUGUCGAUGGUGAUGGUAUGUUGGACAAUGAGGAGUUUGCUUUGGCUGUCCACCUUAUUGAAGGUAAACUCGAAGGCCAUUGGCUCCCGCGUGAGUUGCCCUCUUACCUGCUGCCACCUUCCAAACGACUAAACACGACUGAAACUGAAAUCUAAGCAAGAUUUCACAGUGAAAAAAACCUGAGGAUGUGUACAUUAUUUGUACAGUAGGAAGGGGAUUCAUAUGGCCCCAUUUGUUGCGGUUUACCUGACACAUGAAACGUGACAAAUUGGGGGGGUGUACUAUCCACUUUAGCCGCCAAAUGGCAGUAGAGUGUUGAAUAUCUUAAAAUGUGUUUUGUGGCAAUUCCAACUUUGAGCACAGCAUCAGUUGCUAUGUGGAGUGGCGCUUUCCAUCAUUUCCAGCAAAACGCAUUGCCAAAUGAUUACCCCCCCCCCCCUUCCACCCAGGAAUGAGGCCAUAUGAAUUCCUUUCCUACUGUACAUAAUGUACCGCUAAAAGCCAUGUAACCAUUUGUUAUUGAUAGUAUUCAAGGCCAUUCUACGGGAAUCUGUGCCAUUUUAUUGUUGUAACUCUCGAAUUAAACGUCAAUUUCUGUAUUUUGUCAACAACAUCCAACCCAGGUGACAUCAUACACGGCACACUAUUGGCUGAUGGCGGACCAAUCACAGAGCACUGUGUUCUCUCUGUCCUGGCAGAUGCUGUUUGUGUGUUUGCGCCAUGUUUUUGUCUUAACAUUUAGAUUUAUUUGAAGCCCUUCCGUGUCGUCCAAAAAGUUGUGCGCCCCAAGACUCAAAGUGAGCUGCUUACCAUCGGAGAAAAGAUGAACCUCUGCAUUGCUUGGUUGGUAUGAGCUG